UCGCGUCACGUCGCGUCUACAACACAAGCUGCUGUCUGCGCCCCUGGGGCGCUAUUGCUUCCCACCGCGCAUGUGACGUUUCCAACUAGUUUGGCAUUAAGAGUGACGUUUCGUAUUAUUCUGAAUGUAAGUCAAAUGUUGCUACACGACUCACCUGAGUUUCGUUUACUACGUGCGGUUUCGAGAAUAAUGCUGGCUUCAGUGUUUAAGACUGUUGUGUAAAGCAUGCUGUGUAAAGAAAUAAUGCAAGAAGAUUCUGGAAAGUGACGCGAAAUAGGUGCAAAAAAAGACGAAACGAAUAGAAAAAUGAUGUAGUAAUAUCGAAAUGCUCGUUUCGGGAACGUUCGGGCACUGCGCCAAAAUUGAAAACCAAUAAAUGAACAAGAGCCUAAAAUCAAUAAGUGAUAACUUUUCAGCGUGCCAAAACUUCAUACGGAACUACCAUCCGAUAACAUUAAUAGCUUUUCCAGUUAUUACAGUGUUUUAUAUAUAUUUGAUAGCAAAUGUCUUUAUCGGAUGUUCGUGUUUUCUCGAAGAAACUUUGUCCGUUUUCUGUCUCAGAGGCCGUGUGCAAGUUCACCGUUCUAAGUCGGCGUACUGAGCUACGAGUUGUAUGCGUGUGAGUUUGUGUGAUUUUUAGUUUCCCCGAACCAGAAAAUGGAUUUGGGUAGUUUCACGAGAUGAACAUGUAUACAUAAUUUUAUUUAUACGUAUAAAGUGUAAGUGUUGAUUAGUGCAUUGGUGCAUCUGCUCAACAGCUAGACACUAUCUUCCCUCCUUAUGCUACACUGAAAGAAAGUACUGAAGCUGGAAAACAAUUUAUUUGUUAAUUUUUUCUUCUAACGGCAACGAAACAUCAGACUUGCCUUCUCCCAAGGAGUUGCUUCCGUCACUAGAGGCAACAGCUGCUGCUGCCGGUAAAAAAUCCAUAAGAUAAAUAAAAAAUAUACGAGAAGGGGACGAAUAUAAAUAAGAAAUUUAUAAAGAAAAAACUGGAGGAAGUAGCCAAAGAUGAUGUUUGGCUGCUGCUCAAGUUCUUAACGCGUGUGACAGAGAUGGUUACGGAUGCCGAUGCAGGCAAGUCUCAUAAGUUCUAGAUUUAAUGAGGACGGCUGCUCUCACAACUCUCGUUUCCGCUGUGUCCUCGCCCUAAGAGUGGGCGCGCUGUUUGUCGACAACACUCAACUUCCGGUUUGUUUAUUCCGAGAGAGGCCCAGAGGCUCCAUACAUUCUUAUAUCUUCACACAAAUUUUCUGGCUUUAUGAGGCAAAUAUAAAUCUUUGUAACUGGUGUCAAUAUAGUUGCAUUAUAUGUGCACAGUCUUCUGUUAUGCGGGCGGAUUUCAAGUGAUCUAACAGCAACAUAGAAUAUGUGCUUUCUAUUGAAAGGCCUACUUUCGAAUGGCUUUCGUAAAACGUAAGGGAAACAAACGUUUCAAUGACCCGUAAGAAAUCUUAGUUUCUCGGAACAGUGUGUUGACCUCUAAGGACCGAUAAAUUUACCAUUAUUCCAAUGAGCCAUAAAUAUUCCAGCUGAGAUUUCUAGACUGUGUCAUGUAAGCGUGUAUUAAGUGAAAUAGGAGCAAUUCAUAACGCCUUGAGGAUAAUAAACAAAACGUCACCAUUCUAACUGAGCUAAAAAUCACAAUAAAGUCUAAAAACCUGAAAGGUUACAGAAUACUUCACUAAACUAAGGCGAAUUAUCACGUGUGAAAGAAGUUUUGAGUUGAACUUGGACUGACCUCAGUUAUAUAUUUCUUUGUGACAAGUGACUCUCUCUCUCAAAAAUACACACAAACAUAUUACAUCCUUUUUCUAUUAAAUAAUCGCUUCCUGUGGAUAAAUGUUUCUACACAAGAUCAUGACUAAGUCUGUUACAAUCUGCUAGCGUAAGCCAAAACUGCAAACAAGGCCGUGGUGAAGGCAUUCCGCACCCUAGAGAUUUGUUUGCUCGCCCCCAAUGUAUCUGGGGGCUCGGACCAUUACUUCGGGCAUCGACACGAAGAAGUCGAGGAAUACACCGACCGCCAUGGUCCAAUGGGCGCUCUCCAGAACACUUUCCCUACUUGGCGUCGCCAUUUUGGUACACCUCAUUGUGAUGACUUCAGUAGCCGAGAAAGGCUCCAGCAAUCUGGCUCGGGAACAGCGUAGCUAUGAGAACCAUAGGAGCACCAAACACAGGGUGGCGGACGCGGGGAACCUGGUACAAAAUAGCGUUAGCUCGUCUAUCUUCACCACUGAAAACUGCACUGUGGUCACCGCCCAGACUGCCAGCACCACCACUCUCCCCUGUGGGGUCAAGAAGUUUGGCAACGGAGUUGUGUCAUGGAUCCGACGGAAGGACUAUCAUUUGCUUACUGUCGGCCUGGCCACCUACAGCAGUGACGACCGAUUCCUGGUGGAACACGCAAGGCACCUACAGAACUGGGGACUUCAAAUCAAAUACGUUCAGCCGCGUGACGCUGGGUGGUAUGAGUGUCAGGUGUCCACACACCCUCCAGCAAGUAUAUUUGUGGAGCUCAAAGUUAUUGAAGCGGCAGCCGAGAUCCUGGGAGCGCCGGAUCUGCAUAUCAAGAGCGGCAGCAAGCUGAGGCUGGUGUGUACGCUUCGCCAGAGCACGGAGCCGCCCGUGUACGUGUUUUGGUAUCACGAGGAACGCAUGAUCAACUACGACAAGGAGCGCGGCGUGGCUGUGCACAGCGACCGCUCCAGCAGUGUGCUUGUCGUAGCUGAGGCGCAGAAGCGCGACUCCGGCAAUUACUCGUGCGUGCCCUCCAACGCCCGGUCAGCGAGCAUCAACGUUCACGUCCUCAACGGUGAGAAGCCAGCAGCAAUGCAGCACGGUAGCAGAAGUUCGGCGCCCUCAUUGCUGCACCCCGCAAUAACUGUUUAUACAAGUACAUGCGUCAUAUUGCUCUGGUCGAUCCUGGCCAGUGUGAUGCCUGGUACUCCUAGUGUUCCGACAUCAGUGAGGACUGUCAGAUGAUGAGAUACAUCCCGCCACUUCAAAUAGUGCUUCAUGUGUGACCAAACAUUUUCCAAGCUUCAGUGUAAAAUCCAGUGGUUAUCCUCCGUGAUCAAGAUCCUUGUCUUGGAUAUCUAUAAGAUGUAUAUUGUCUGACAGAAUAAUAAUAAUAAUAAUCCGUGAGACGGUGGGUCAGUCUCCAGACUGGAUGUCAUGCUUCCAAAAUUCUUUUCAUAUUCUUCAUCAUAUAAAUAAUAACAACUUGAGCUUUUAUGCAGAUAUCCUUUCACACUGUAAGACUGAAGCAUAUAACGAAUAUGUAGCGUGACGUAGUGGAUUGGAAAUCCACAAAAUGUUCGAGAUAACCUGGCUGAAUGUUAUUUAUGUUACUCACAAACUUUCAUUGCCAAAUAUGGACCAAACACUAUACUAAAAGGUAGGACCAUCUGAACGAAAAUAUGCAUUAAAAAGGGGUAUGUUUUGCUCCGGGUUUCUGUGUAACCACUGUGUUGCAAUCUUGAGAUUGUUUCAUCGCAAAAAGAAGUAACGACUUAUUUAUAUCUUUCUAAAAGUCGCUUCCGAAAUUGAGGAGCAUUCCUACUAUUGUUACCCUAAUGUUAAGAGUUCAACUUGUGAAAUGCCUCAUGAAGUUCCUGGUGGAUGAUGGCACUAAACGAAGAACACACAAAACCUAAAAAGUCAUUGGGCAACUGAGAAGAGCGACACAGCUCUGUUUCAUACGACAGACUGCAUGAUGUAAGAUGUGCUGUAUUAUUUGGUUACCUCUCAGCCUCAAAAUAGGAAAUAAAGUACUUUAUUCAGCCGGCGUUAAUAACUGGCCUAAACUUUCACUUACGGAGAAAUGAUACUCCAUUCUUGUCAUAAAGUUCUUUCCUUUUAAAACAACUGCAAUGACCUGAAAGCCCGAACUACUGUUUAUAUAAUAUUUCUUCCAUAGGUCAAGAAAUAACUGGUCCGUAAUGAAACAUAAGAGUUCGUAUUAUUGUUUUCCACUGCAUUCAUGUCAUCACACAGACUUACGUGACAAUACAAUUCUACAGACAACUAACUGACAUACCUAGCCGACUGACGAGGCGUCAGCUUCUAAAAUGGAAUAUAAUUAAAAUGCAAUGCAAAACUCACCUUUAAC